GCAUUGGAGUCCUCUCCAGGUGCUAGCCAACAUGGUUCUACUCCAUUUCAGAAACGCAGGUCACAAUGGCGAAUGAUAUUACCCGGGUACGUGACUCGAUUGGUAGAUGCUACGAUGACGGGGUCUGCCCAGAAGAUGUCAACCUGGGAAAAGUGGUGGAGGAUGAAGAGGGAAAGAGGUUCGUGGUAGAUGAAGCAGUGGAGGAGGUUAAGGAACAAUGGCUGAAGGAGAGAUCGGUGGUAGUAAUUUUCCAAGGAGAAGCGAGAAAGUUAGCGCGAUCAGUUAAAGAGGACUUAAUCAGGGCGUACGAGGACGGGUGGACGGCGAAGAAGCUAUUCCAACCAGGGCUCAGAAGAGGCAGAGUGAAGUUUGAGGGACCAAAUGUGGCCUCCUAUGUUGCCAAAGCGAGAGAAGUUGCGGAAUGGCUGAUUCAGCAGAAGGAAAUGUCGAUAAAACUGGGAACAGAUGAGUACAAGGUCCAGUUUAGGCCUAGACUAUCCAAACAUGAACUCCAAGAGGUCAGGAUCCAGGAAGCAGAAACAAACUUCUGGAUCAUGGCACUCAGGGUCCCCUUAGAGGCCUAUUAUUACCUUUGUAGUGCUGCAUAUCAAGAUAUUCACAUGGGAUCUGCAUCAUUUCCCCACUGGGCCCCCAGGGAAGAGUGGCAUGGGAAUAGUGCAGAGGCAGCGUUCCACGCAGCACCGUACGGAGAAUCCAGAAUGGGAGGCUCAGCCACUGGUCACCUCGCACCGCAGCAGUGGCAGGAACAGUUCUGGUGCCCUGGACAAGAGUCCAACUUACAUUUCUCAAGGCCCUAUGCCCAACAGUGGCACUCAGGACAGGUGGAACAACCAGAACCUUGCUACCCAUCAGCGUCGUACGACUGGAGGAACUUCACAUCAGGAAGGCCCCCUGUACCGCUGGACACCCCCAGACGGGGGGAGAAGGGAGGUUCCAGCAGAAGAACACGGAGAAGCAGCAGCUCUAGAUGGGAUGCAAGGAAGGAGGACAAUAGGAGAUGCAGAGAAGAAGGUACACAAGACUGGAGACAGAAGACAGGGGAGUACACCCGCGGAAUCAGAGAAGAGGAGGUAGCCACAGGUGGCUGGACACCGAGCGUCCCUCAUACGGGUAUCCACGCCAUCCGUGAGGAGCUAUCAAAGACCUCAGAGACCUCACGGUCGAAGGUGCGAUGGGGAACGCAGGGAACUCGAGGCGGCAUGGGGAUAUUGCUGCAUAGGGACCUCCAAGCAUUGGUUAUAGAUUCGGAGGCUGACAUGUGGGGAAGGUGGGCUUGGGUGAAGAUUGAGGUGGGGAAUGAAGAGUGGAUCAUCAUGGCAAUAUACGCACCUACUGCGGUGGGAGAGAAGGCGAGGUUCUUCGCCAGAAUGAUGUCACAGAUACCAAAGGCGGACAGGCUCGUCCUUGCAGGAGAUUGGAAUGUCUCAUUGGACGAGGCUCUUCGAGUGGGCACAGCCUCAGCAGGAAGGAAGGACAUGCAAGCCCUCCUGGAGCUGUCUACCGAACUGGCCCUGGCGGACCCUUUCCCGAUCCUGAACCCGGACGAUCCAGGCUACACCUGGUUCUCCAACCUGUACAGGAACAGGCAGGCAGUAACCAUGCGCCGCCUAGACUUCUUUAUGCUGAGCGAGCAGGCCAUGGAAAGAGUAACAGUGGUCAGGCACUUCGGCAACCCGAUGUCCGACCAUAAGCCGGUGGUUUCAGACUUCAAACUGUGGCUGGGCAUUGAGAGAGGUAGAGGGUUUUUUCGCCUCAACAGCCAGGUGCUGGAGGAGCCGGGCAUCAAGGACUGGGUGGAGGACCACAUGAGCAGAUGGGAGGGGGCUAGGCCGCACUUCGAAUCAACAGCAGAUUGGUUGGAUGGUGGAAUCGCCAUCACAUCCAGGAUCCUGGACGUCUGUUCCAGAAUCCUAGCCAGGUCCAGGAACAAAAAGGAAGGUGAUUGCAGAAGAAGAGUGGAAGAGGCGGAAGAAAAGAUGGAAGGCCAUCCAAUAUCAGUUAUGGUGUGGGCGGCGGAAAGAGAAAAGAGACUAGCAGAGUGGGACAGUCUACAGGAAGAGAAACAGCGGAGGUGGCCAGAACUGCUGAAGGUUAAAGGGAUUGAGACUCAUGACACCAUGUCGAAGGAGACGUUUCAGAAACUGCAGCCAAGAAGGGCGCAACAGCAGAUGAUAGAGUUGAGACAACCCUUCGACGAGACAGCGCCGCCGGCCAGCACAGCCUCCGGAAUGCUCAAACAUGCAAGAAUGUACUAUGCGGACAUUCUGACAACCAGGAGAUUGCAUGAAGAUGUGAACACAGACCUGUCAGCUACCUCCGAUCUAUGGGACGACACGACGGUCAGACUGCAAACUGCGGCCAAACUGGACUUGGACAGGCCUCUCACAUUGGAAGAAGUAACACAAACUCUCAAAUCAAUGGCACGUGGCAAGUCCCUAGGGGUCGAUGGGCUUACCGUGGAGUUCUACAGCGCAAAUUGGAAGGUGUUCGGUCCGCCACUCGUUGAACUGUACAAUGAGGUCCUAGUAGGUGGAAAACUGGGGAAAGGCAUGACACACGGGGUAAUCACGGUGUUGUUCAAAAAGGGGGACAAAGCCGAGGUCUGUAACCGGCGUCCGAUUUCGCUGCUUAACGUCUCCUACAAGAUUUUGGCCAAGUCACUAGCCCGAAGGCUGGGAAAGUACCUACCGGAGUUGGUCGAGAAGGACCAAGGUGCCUUCGUGCAUGGGAGGUCGAUCUUCAACAACAUUGUGACCGCGGUAGAGACGUUGGAGAUUGUUCAAGGGGAAAACUUGGACACGACCAUCCUCUUGCUAGACCUAGAGAAGGCCUAUGACAAGGUGGGGAUGGACGAUUGUGCUUGGAUCGUCGCCAUGUACACCUGGAGACCUAUCAAUGCAGUAAAGGAAGUGCUAAAAGGACUGCAACGGGUUGAGGAGCACUGGUACCAGAUUACUGGAGCAAUUCCUCAGGAGUGGCUGGAUCGUCUUGGCCCAGAGGGUACAGACCCUCCCGGGACAUGGUACAGGUCUGAGUCGGAGGCUCAAGGUGAUGUGCUGUGGAAGGUACUAGAAAUCCUCCCAAGCGGUUUCCGAAGGGUGGAAAGGUGGAGAUGCAUAGAUCACUCAAAUUCGCUCGCGUUCAUCCAGGAGGAGACCAAGAUGGUCUGGGAUAGCCCAGCCCAGGGUUGUGAUGAGCUAGAGUAUAAGUACCGUGCAGAAUUGCAUUUCUCCAAUUUCCACAGUUCAAACUACAGAGUUCCGGGUGGCGUGAAAAAAGUGACACCUCAUGAGGGAGGGAGGGAGGGAGGGAGGGAGGGAGGGAGGGAGCGAGGAGAGAGCGAGGCAGAGAGCGCGGCAGAGAGCGAGGCAGAGAGCGAGGCAGAGAGCGAGGCAGAGAGCGAUGGACGGGGGGAGGGCGGAAGGGAGGGAGGGAGGGAGGAUUUGGAAAGAGCAACUCAGCCUGAAUACCACACACUUCUUUAGAACUGUGUGUAGUGUGUGUGGGAGGGUGUUGGCCUUAGACAGUGCUGUUACUUGAUGG